UCUCUACUUAUAGAAUCAUUCUGCAAAUGGAAAGGUUCUAAUUAUAACCCACCUCUCACGCACUCUGCAAUCAAGUGGUCACUGAGUGAUCCUUAUAAUUUAGAAAAAGAUGACCCAUUGCCCUGGACCAUUAUAGGAUCAACUAAAACUCAGGCAGGGCGCAAAGCUGCUUCUAGUACAAAAAGAGAUACAACUGCAACCACCUUGAGUAAGAAUACCAGCAAAUCUCCUGCAAAUGCUUUAUCUCUUUCAACUACUGCAAUACCUUUGUUACAAAUCCACGUGCAGGCACCA